AAAUAAAGUUUCCUAUACAGCAGGAGAUAAAAGUGGGAGUGUAUACAACUAUACAAGUUGAAGAAGCGAAGCUACCAUAAAUAACAAACCGUUCACCACACAAACAAAAUCUGACUGUAAAAAAUACUAUUGACAACAGAGAGAGAGAGAAGCAGAGAAAGAAAAGAAAAGAAAAAUGGAAGCUGUUGCAAGCUUGUCUUCACGGCUUCUUUUAUCUCCAUUUCAAUUGCAGAAAACUGGUAUCCUCUUCUCUUCUCCAAAGCAAAUCGCAAAGAAUUCCCUCAAAUCUCCUAAGAUUUGUUGCAAGCUACCUGAGAAUGACACUGAAGCAACAACCCAUUCUACGCAAGGGUUUUCGAGUAGCAAAACAGACGAGUACAACAUAGCCAUGAAGAAGCUCAUGAUGAACCCGUAUGAAUAUCAUCACGAAUUUGGCAUGAACUAUACUCUGAUAACUGAGGAUCUGAUUGUUGGCUCUCAACCUCAAAAGGUUGAGGACAUCGAUCAUCUGAAAGAGGAAGAGAAUGUGGCAUAUAUUCUCAACUUGCAGCAGGAUAGUGAUGUAGAAUACUGGGGAGUCGACCUUCAAUCUAUUAUAAAGAGAUGCAAAGAAAUUGGAAUACGGCACAUGAGAAGGCCUGCAAAAGAUUUCGAUCCAGAUUCUUUAAGAAAUGGAUUACCAAAAGCAGUUUCGUCAUUGGAAUGGGCGAUCAGAGAGGGUAAAGGAAGAGCAUAUGUUCACUGCACUGCUGGUUUGGGAAGGGCACCAGCUGUUGCAAUUGCUUAUAUGUUCUGGUUCUGCAAUAUGGACCUAGACACAGCAUACAAGACGCUGACUUCAAAGAGGCCGUGUGGACCCAAUAGACAGGCGAUUCGUGGAGCAACGUAUGAUUUGGCCAAGAGCGACCCCUGGAAGGAGCCUCUUGAAAGUUUACCUGAAGAUGCUUUUGAGAAUAUAGCAGACUGGGAAAGACAACUGAUCCAGGAUCGUGUUCGUGCACUUGGUGGAACUUGAUCUCGAGAAUUAAAGUGCGUUUUAGGAUUACAAAAAAGAACAUUAUCCCAAUCUGGAAAAGAUUGUUGAUUUUUCCAUUCCUUAAAUGUGUUAAGUAGAGUAAAUCUGAUUUAAAUGGUUAAAUUGUAAUUUCAGAGCGGAAGAUGACUUUAUUGGCCCCGCAUACAUCCAACUGGAGAAUAAAUUGGAGCACCUUUAAUCACAUAUAUGUAAUUCCUAUAAAUUUAGUAUAUGACUUGAAUUGUAGUUCAAGUUGAGUUGGAAACGAAUAAGUGUUCUUUUCUUGUGUAAGCCCUAACAAGGGCAGAAAUUACCUUGCACUUGUUCAACUUCAUCGGAGGUUCACCUAAACAUUGAAAAUGUUCAAUCAUUAAAAGGUAAUGAAAUCAGCAUUUGUCCA